AAUCAAUUUAAUUUAUUGCUACUGUAUACUAAUUCAACAUUUUCUUGUUUACAGGUAAUACUUAUAGCGGCUGUGUGCUGGCUGACGCUAUGUCAGGCGCUUGGUGUGAACAGCGCUGUGACAAACAGUGCAGUUGUUAAAGACAAUAAAAGUGCAGCGAGUGCCCCGCGCCUGUACCGCAACGUGCCCGUGGGUGUGUACGCCAGCGCCGCGCCCUACGCGUCCUACUCGUUCCACCUGCCGCAGUUCAUCGCCGCGCCUAAAGCAUCAGCGUCGCAAGUCGCACCCAUCAAGCAGAAGCCCCAGAAUGUUCAGACGUACUUAAUGGAUUCAUACGGCAACAAGUUCAUGGAGAGCCCGCAGCUGGCCCCGUACCGAACCGCCUUCCCUCAACAGUUCGUAGCAUUACAAUCGAAACUGCCGGAACAUUUGGCUCAGCCGCUGGUCGCCGCCUCGCCUAACUUCCAGUUCAAGCAGUCAGCCCCGCAAGUCUUCUUCGGUGCGCCCUUCAGGGUACCUGCCUUGCAGAGUCCAGCUCCGACGCCUCUCAAUCAUUUUCCAACUUUUGGACAACAUUUAGUAUACGCUAAUAAAGUCCAGAGUUUGGCACCAAACUGGAAUUUACAAAACCACGGCGUUGGAGUUCCAUCCGCUCAGCAACAGCCAAGCAAUAAUAAAGCUGUAUUUGCUAACACACAAAAUCAUGAACAGUACGGCAUUGUCAAAAAUGAACAAAAGUUCCAACGUCUGCGGGAACCUGAGUUAAUUAUUGGAAAACCAAAGUUACAAAAUGUUCAAGAACCAUCACACCAACCUAACAGCGAAUCAAAAUUCCAGCGUAUUCAAGAAAUCCCUCAACCGGCUCAUGGUGAAACAAAGUUUCAGCGACUUCAAGAGUCACCUCAAGUAAGCAAUAGUGAUGCGAACUACCAACAUGAGAAACCGAAAGUCAAACAUGAAAAAGAUAAAUUCCAGCGUAUCCAAGAAUCAUCUUAUGAGUCAAACGAUGAAGCAAAUGCUUUUCAACAUCAUCAAGAAUCGCCUAAAGUUCUUCAUGUAGAACAUUCAUAUAGCGCCCCAAAACAUCAAGGUGAUACAUCGCAAUCUGACAAGGCUCAACAACAAGGUGCUCCCGCUAAACAGACUACUAUAACUUACGUGAAUAAUAUUAAUGGAAAGCAAUCUAUAGUGAAAGUGAAAACACAACCUCUUCCUCUCUUAGACUUAACGCUUCUUGAACCGUUAACGUUCAAAAACCCUCUUGUGCCACAAGUGCAGCACUUUUUACCCAGAAUUAAUCAAGCCACCUACCAAAAACUACCAGAUUCAGUAGACACUGUUAAUAACUAUCAAAAAGGUUAUGUAGUUCAAAAGACAAUGUCAUACGACAGUGGUAAUCAAGAUGUUAAACCUCAGAAGAAGAAGCAGAAGAAAACAACGCAAACUAAUAAACAUGCGAAAAAAAGUGAUGCCCCGAAGAAAACAAGUGUUCCGCAUCACGAAACACUCGACGAUGCGCCAGAAAUCGUAUACGAAAUUAACGCGCCUGGACACAAGGAAACAUACAAAGAAAAAGCUGUGAGUUAUAAUAAAGAGACACAAUCGGAACCAGUACAUUACACUUAUGGAUCUAAAACUGAGAAUGAUCCUGCUACGUACAGUUAUUCUCGCACUACUAAGGAGCCAGUGCGAGAAGUUCAUUAUCAUACUAAUAAUCCAGGCCCAGCGCACCUCAACUACAAUUUCAAACCCGACAAACAGCAUAAAGAGAGUGAAGGGCACUCCCCGCCGCACAGUGAACCCGCAAAUCAUGAAGAUACUUCAAAGGAAUCGGAAGAUGAGAACCUACAAUAUAAUCAUCAGCAUUACACCGGAAAUUACAAUGAAAACACUAAACCUUCUGUUAAACAUUAUGAACCAGUUCAUAAAGAGCACUAUCACAAAGUGAAUCAAGCAAAACAGGAGGAGUCUUCAAAUGCAGACCCUUCAAAGUAUUACUCAACCCCAAAUCAACCUAGCCCUCAAUUUUUCAAUUUGGAGCCCAUUAUCAAAGAGUAUUCUGAAGAUAUAAGUUUACUCAACAACGCUCAAAUUAAAGUAGACCCAGAUCAGCACGUAAAGACUCCAUCUCGCCAACAUGAAUCUUCGCCAAACAGAGAACAGUCUUACACGCCACACGAGUCCCACUACUCAUCUCCACAUAACAAGCCGCCGCAGCAAUCAGCGCCUGAAAAUCAUUAUUAUUCGUCUCCGCACUCUGAAUCAUACGCACCGACUGCUCAUAUUCAAGAAAAGUCUAAACGCGUUAUAAUUCAAGAAGAAGCUCCAGAUGAGAGACAUUCGCUCACUGCUCAAAUGAAAGAGGAAGUAGUUGACCAAGAGGAGAACAAUGAAGAAGAUUUUGAGAAGGCGUACAAGAACGCCGCGAUCGGUUUUCCUGCCUAUAGUAAAGAAGCUCUAGACGCUGCGGAAAAAGACAUAUUUGAUCCAGAAAGUUACGGAGUACCUCCUGACCAUGUCGAGUACGACAUCGAAAACACUCCUUUUCAACAAUAUCAAGAAGAAGGGGACAGUUUUCCAAAAGAGACUCGCUCAAACUAUAAAGACGCUAGAGACAAAAUGAAGGAAGAUUACUAUACCGAUUAUUCUGUUAGUAAGCCAGAAAGCUUACUUGACCGCUAUCAGAACAAAUUGGGCUACUACAAAUUAUACAAGCAACAAAAACCUGAUUAUUACGUCCCUAAACAUAGUCACGACGAUGAUAAGAAACAAAACCAGAAAUUCGCGAAGUACUCGGUGUCACCGUCAUUUGACUUUUCUUCAUCUAAGGAGUCAAAGGACAAGUCUCAUUACAGCGGGCAUUACAAACCCCAGCAAGCAUUACACGAGUUUGAUUAUUCUAAUGGGUCGCCGCGCGACAACUCUGCGUUCGCUUCGCGGCCGUAUCAGCGGUACAAGAGCAAAACUAACUUCGUAGAGCCACAGUUCCAGUAUGGUUUCGAGCCCCUAGCUAUACCAAAGCUUCUCGACAGUGAACUGUCCGCGAUGGCUAGCAACCACAGACCGGAAAGUGAAAAGCCAGCCAUGAGGAAAAAGGUAUACAAAGAAAACUGGUACAUUAAAAAGACAAGUACGUCAGCUGGGGCGCCAAGUAGUUGAUAAGACUUAUUUAUUUUGUUAAUAGUUGUUGUAAUAGUAAAUUAAUAAAUUCGUAAAAUAUU